ACGUGACCCCGCCCCACGCUGGGGAAGAUGGCGGCGCCCGAGGCGGCGUGGAACCGGCUGGACGUGCCGUGGCCCGCGAGCAGCGCGACGGUGGCUCUGCCGGGCCAACACCCUGCAGUGCGUUGGCUGGCGGCGCUGCGGCGGCGGUGCGAGGUGGCCGUCGAGCGGCUGUCGGGGCGGGCGCUGGUCGCCGAGGGACGCGUGCUGCGCGCCGUGCUCUACGUGUACCACCGCAGGCUGCUCCGCCACCGGCCGUUCCUGGCCCUGCGGCAGGUGGAACAGUGCUUGAAGCGCCUGUGGAAAAUGAACUUGGUGGGUUGCGUUGAGACCCUGGCAGAGCUGAUUCCCAAGAAAAAUAAACCCCAAGCCCAAGGAGAGUGCUUAGUGCCCAGCCAGCCCAUGAUGGAAACAGUUGCUGUGAAGGUAUUGGGAGGUUGCAAACUCUUACUACGUCUACUGGAUUGUUGCUGUAAAGCAUUUCUCUUGACGGUUAAACAUCUCUGCUCGGAAGAAUUCAUACUUUUGAACACUGUGGCUUCAGGGCUGUUGAGCCGGUUAUGGAUUCAGUACAGGUGUGUAUUGCAGAGCCUCAUUUCCUUAUACGGGGUGUUGUCGACAUCACUGCAUCUCGUGUCGAAGACCCAACAGAUGCCUUAUAUCAAGGGAUUUACCUUCCCUUCUGACAUCAGUGACUUUCUUGGAGUUUCUGUCUCUGCUGAGGUGAAGAAGAAAAAGGCUAAAACACUUACAGCCACAAAAGCUGCCAGCUGGCUGAAAAAGCUCUUCCCAGCAGCACCAGAGGCAGCAUCAGAGGCUGGGAAAAAGAGAGAUUUGGUGACCUGCACAAGUGUUGUGGAAAACAAGAACAUCCCAUGCCCCACAGACAUUGGAAAGCCAGUUCUGGUUGCGAGGGCCAGCAGAGGGAAGCACCUUGGGUUUGAUGUGAAGAGCUUGCUUAGACCAUCCAAACAUCCAGCUCAAGAGGAUAUAAGUGUCAUGUCAACGCCUUCUAAAGCAGAGUCAGUGUCACUUUGCUGUCGUAUAGCAAAAUCACAGCAUACUAGAUCUCUUGUACAGAUGUUUCAAAAAGCUACCUCUUUUGGGGAAUUGUCAGAGGCACUCAGAAAAGCUAUUCUGUGGUGCAAGGGCAACAAACUCAAAUCAGCAGCUUAUUUUCUGCGUAACAAGUUAUUGAAAAGCAACCGGCUGCACCAUGUGGAAGCUCAAGGAUGCAGCUUGCAGAAGAAACUUGGCUAUGUCAAAACAUCCGUCUGUAAAUACCUCCUCUCUGGCUCACAAAAUGCGUGCCGGCCAAAGCAGUACCGUGGGGCAUGGUCCUGUCAAAGAAAGAUCAAAUGGUCCAAGCUGUUGAAGAAAACUUCGAAGCCUGUUCAGCAAAAAGCUUCUGAGCUUUCUGGAAUCUGUGACAGCAGUUCUUCAUUCUUCCUCCCAGUUUACCAAGCUGAGUCUUUGGGUCAUGAAGGAGGUACCAAUGCUGAUACAGCCGCUGGAGAACUAAGCAAACCAGGGACCCCUAUGCGGCUGCUGUUGGAAGAAAACCCUGGCUCUAUGCUGAAAGAAGCUACUGAGAACAUGGAUAUUGAUUCUAUUUUUGCAGCAAUGGGUGUCUGAUCCUGGGCUGGGACCAGGAAAGGGGUUAAGUCAUUCUGAUCUUGUUUGCUUUUUUUCUAAUAAAAAUCCUCAGAACCCUGA